CUACAUCCCCGGGGACACUGUGACUCAUCUUUCUGGUGCAUUUUGACCUUUUGAACCUGGUUCACUUUUCUAUUUUAGAAACCCAGUGUGACACUUGCAAAUUACUAACAAUCAAUUAUGCACAAUUAGGAUUAGUGUUUGUACCUCUUCAUGUGAGUAUGUGUGUAAUUGCAUUAGUGUCCCUUUACUUUCAGGGAGUUUAAAAAGAAGCAGCUUCUCUCACCUCACUAUGGUCGUGGCUUAAACAAAAAAAGUGCCUGUGGCUCAAGGCUGUGUGGCUCACUGUACUGUACGCGCACAUAAUACACCCCUCGCUCCUUCAGCCAAUGACAGAGAAGGUCAAGACAAAGUCUCGGCGCAAGAACAGGACAGAAGAUGACCGGCUGUGGCGUUACCGCAUGCAGCUCCGCACUCAACAGCGCGGCAGGUGCACGUGGACGCGCACAAGCCAAAGUGCGCGCGCACUGGCCGAACAGACAGCUAAUGUUUGCGCUUACUGUGUGUGAACUCUCCUAGAACUCAGUUUAGCGCUAGACGUUUUUAAAGAAAUUGGUCUGGAAUAACUUUUUUUUUAUUUCUCCACGUGGAGGGGGAGUGACUUCAGAAAAAAACGAGAAAGCAGAAAAGAUUCAACCAUGCCGCCUGGAUUUCAGCAGCUUGGAGGAGAGAGAAUAACUGGAACUCUUGCACUGUCAGUGUUCACAGCAGUUUUGGGCUCUCUUCAGUUUGGAUACAAUAUUGGAGUCAUCAAUGCUCCUCAGAAGAUCAUUGAGAAUGAGUAUAAUUCAACAUGGAUACAGCGUUACUCAAAUCCCAUUCCCGAGUCCACACUCACUUCUCUCUGGUCUCUCUCAGUGGCCAUCUUCUCUAUCGGAGGCAUGCUGUCCUCUUUCUGUGUGGGAAUCAUCUCAGAGUGGCUCGGCAGGAGGAAAGCCAUGCUCAUCAAUAAUCUCCUGGCUUUCAUUGGUGGCGGCUUGAUGGCACUGUCUAAAAUCAGCAAAUCAUUUGAGAUGAUGAUUUUAGGACGCUUUACGAUUGGAGCAUACUGUGGGCUGGCAUCAGGGCUGGUGCCCAUGUAUGUGGGUGAAAUAUCUCCCACCAGUCUGAGAGGAGCUCUGGGCACAUUACACCAGUUAGCCAUAGUCACUGGCAUUCUCAUUGCUCAGAUUUUAGGUCUGGAGACAUUGCUGGGCAGUGAGGAGUUAUGGCCUGUGUUAUUGGGCAUUACAGUGAUCCCAACGGUCCUACAGAUGGCAUUGUUGCCAUUCUGUCCAGAAAGUCCUCGCUUCCUUUACAUUGUCCGCUGCCAGGAGCACCAUGCCAAGAGCGGCCUGAGGCGUCUGACUGGACGGCUGGAGGUGAGUGAUGACCUGGCAGAGAUGAAGGAGGAGAAGAGGAGGAUGGACAUGGAGAGGAAGGUGUCUAUUGUGGAGCUUUUCCGCUCUCCGCUCUACAGACAGCCCAUCAUCAUAUCCAUCCUGCUGCAGCUCUCCCAGCAGCUGUCAGGAAUCAAUGCUAUUUUCUACUACUCAACCAGCAUAUUCCAGAAGGCUGGAGUGGAGAGCCCAGUCUACGCCACCAUAGGUGCUGGAGUUGUGAACUGUGCCUUUACUGUGGUCUCGCUUUUCUUGGUGGAGAGGAUGGGCCGACGGACGCUGCACAUGCUAGGACUGGCUGGGAUGUGUGUGUGCGCAGUAGUCAUGACAAUUGCCCUCAGCUUACUGGAAAGCGUGCCAUGGAUGAGCUACAUCAGUAUGCUAUCCAUCUUCGGCUUUGUGGCCUUUUUUGAAGUGGGACCAGGACCCAUUCCCUGGUUCUUUGUGGCCGAGCUGUUUUCUCAGGGGCCCAGACCUGCAGCCAUGGCCGUGGCUGGAUGUUCCAACUGGACAGCGAACUUCAUCAUUGGCAUGGGAUUCCAGUAUGUCGCCAACCUCUGUGGUCCAUACGUCUUCCUCAUCUUUGCGGCACUCCUCCUGUUUUUCUUGCUGUUUACCUUCCUUCGGGUUCCUGAAACUCGAGGAAAGACCUUCGACCAGAUUUCUGCCGCUUUCAACCGCCAUCCUGAAAGCAUGCUGGACAUGGAUCUGAACAUGGAGCUAGUAAAGCCCAGUACAGAGCUGGAGUAUCUGGGGGCUGACAACUCAGAGCAGUGAGGCCCAGCAGGCGGAAGAUCUCAUGAAGGGAUACAUACUGGAACAGACACCUUAAUCUCUGAUGGUGUUUAAGGGGAGCAGAAUGUAUAUGAAAGAAGGAAGGAUGACAAAAACCUGUGAUGCUGCUUGUUAGAGUUUUGUGAGACAGGUGUUUCGGGGAGACUUGGAUUACUGCACUUUAUCUACACAACAAAGGUUGACAAGAAAUGCCAGUUAUAUUUGUAUAUUUAUAUUUACACUGACAUGCUGUGCUAGUUUCUGUAAUACUGACAUAUAUUCAAGAUUACUUCAUGAAUUUCUCAAAUCUUCAAACGUUCAAUGGAAUAUGUGACUUUUUUUUUUUUUUUUAUUGUAGCACAAGUAUUACCUUACUGUUGAGACACACACAGACCAAGGUGAAAAUAAACCUCAACACCACUCAAACAGA